AAAGCAAAUGCAUUUGGUAGCGCCCUCAGGAAAAGUCCAGUCACUUCCUGCCCAGUAAUCUGCCUGGGAGCAGCAGAUACAUUCUCAUUGUUUGCCAUUUCCAGUUUCCAGUAAUGGGAACGAUUACUUGAUCCAGGCAGUUUCUGCUGAAGAUCGGGGAAAAAGUACAAAUUUUAAUGGCAAAUUUUUAUCUGUUUCCAUAAAACAACAAGGGAAAAAAGCAAAACGUGGUUUUGGUACCUGGAGGCAUCACCUCUGAUAAUGAAUAUUGUUUGAUUUUGGGAUUGAAGUGUCUGCUCUUCAGGAACGAGAUGUAUCUUGCUCUUCUGGUGAUUUUCUUGCAGUGUUCAGAACUUUACGCUCAGGGGAAAGUCUAUCAAGUUUUUACUUUCAACGGAGUUAAAAUCAAGGUUGAACCAUCUGACAAAGUGAAGAAUGGAGCUCCAAUGUCAAUCAUCUGCCAUGCUGAUAUUAGCAAAAAUACUGAUUUCCAGCUGAAGCACAAUUUCACAUUUUUUAAGGAUGGGAAGCUUGUGUUUAUGUCCAUAUCAGACAAAGAAGAUGCACGGUAUGAAAUACCCGUGGCCAAGUCUGCAGACACAGGAGACUAUGAAUGUAGGGUGAAAGCAGGUGACAAGGUGGUUAUCAGUAAGCCCACCUAUGUUUGGGUUGCAGGAAUGACCAAACCAGUCCUGACUGCUGACAAAAAAGAAGUUUCAGAGGGUGAAAUUGUGAAAUUACGUUGUGAGCUGCCAGAAGAAGUCCCUCCUUUAGAGUUCUAUUUCCGCAAGAUAAAGACAAAUUCAGAGCCUAUAGCAAAACGUGUAGCUGAACAAAACCAAAAUUUUUCUGAAAUGGAAUAUUAUGUUGAAGCAGGAGAUAAUAUUUUACAAUUUGAUUGCUUUGGCAAGAGACAAGUAAAAUCUGGAUGGGAGAGCUCCCAACACAGCAACAAAACACUUGUUACAGUCAAGGAACCAUUUAGAAAGCCCACUCUGAUCACCAAGCCCUCCAAUAACCUUACAGAAGGAGACAUUAUAGAAUUUGAAUGCUCAACCGUGGCAACUGAAAUGCGUGGCGUUGAAAUCAUCUUCCAGAAAAACAGAACAAUACUGAACAGUAUACGAGAUAAGGGAACUCUGAAAUACUCUACAUUAGCUACUCAAGAGGACAGUGGUGAAUACCUGUGUAAGGUGGAGCAAGGAGCAGUGUCUAAAACCACCAAACUGAAUGUCUUUGUGUCAGAAUUAUUUCCCAGACCAACACUAUCUGCUUCUAUGACUCAGUUGGAUGAAAAUAAAGAUUUAAUUUUGAACUGCAGCAUUAAUGGUUCACGGAAAGCCAACUUCUCUAUCCUACGGAAAAGUUCCAGUGGAGACAUCCUGCUGAAAAGAUCUAGAAUCUUAGCAAUUAAAGUUAAUGUGAAUGAUACUGGAUCUUACACCUGCAAAGCUGAAGUAAAAGGAAUAGUCAAGGAGAGCAAACCUGUAAGGAUAAGUGUUUAUGCUCCAGUCUCCAAGCCAACUCUUUCUGUUGUCAGUGGCUCACCAGAGGUGGUAUUAGGGAAGCCUCUACAAUUAAUCUGCCAUUCAGUGAUGGGAACACCACCAAUAACAUUCACAUUCUACAAAGGGGAUGAAAUUAAGAAAAAUGUAACUAAUGACACAUUUGCUACAUUCCUGGAUGAAGAUAUUGGACUAAAUGACAAUGGAGGGUACAAAUGUGAUGCUAGAAACAAUCACUCCAGUGGUGUGAAAACUAGCAAUAUUCUAAAUGUCACAGUGAUAGUACCAAUCAGGAGUGCCAGUUUGGGCAGUGUUCCGUAUGGAGAAGUAGAAGUUGGCAGUGAUACUGCUUUCCUCUGCUCUGUGAAGGAAGGAUCUUGGCCAAUUCACUUCAAGAUUUUUAAAAAAACUGAUCAGGAAGAACUUCUAUAUGAAGCAAGGGAAUAUUCAGACAGAACCAUAUGGCACAAGAAAACAAUGAAGAGGAGGGACACAGGGACCUAUUAUUGCAUGGCCUCGAACCGAGCCAGCGUGGACGUGAGGAGCCGUCCAAUAACCAUCAGUGUCAUCUUAGCAGCUUGGCAGAAAGGAGUCAUUGCUGCAUUUGUCCUGACAGCCCUGGCAGGAGCAGGAGCAGUCGUUUUGUGGUGGUUUUUGCGUAAGAAGAAAAAGGCUAAAGGACCAUCCAUGGAGAUGUCUGGUUCUGCCUUGACUCCAAGCUUGGCAAGUGAAAAACUAACAAGACCGCCCAGUGAUGGAAACUACUAUUCAGGAUCAGGUUACAUUGAAGAUAAUGAAAACCACAUGAAAUCAACAGAUGAGAGUAAAGGACCUGACCUUGAGAGUGCUGAGGUGGAUUACACUGAAGUCGAAGUCUCCACGCUUGAUCCUCACAGAGCUCCUGAACAGAAGGGGACUGAAACAGUUUAUAGUGAAAUCAGAAAAACUAAUAAUGAUUCUAUGGAAAACAGGCAUUCUCAGAGAAUAUAUGGGCAUCCUGAUGCUACCUAGUGCAGUCACCUCAAAGAUCAGCUGGGAGAAGAAAACAACACAAGAUGGAAGAUGUUGCAAGUGUUCCAAAGGCUUUGCAGCAGUUAUUUAUGAGUUUGCCAGACUCAUCUUUUCCAAGUUUAUUUCCUUAGGAGGAACAAUAGAGAUGUUCCUAAAGCAUUUAAUGGAAAAAAAUUACAAAUAAAAAUUCUCAUAGGAAAGUGGCUCUAGAAA